UUCAUUACUCUUUGGUUAGUUCGUUGUGGAAAUUGAAACAGUAAACACGUGUAUCAUGUCGGUAGCCUAUAAACUUGGUGAUUUAGUUUGGGCAAAAAUGAAGGGCUUCAGCCCUUGGCCCGGCCGGGUCGCCAUCCCCACUCCUGAACUGAAGCCUCCCAAGAAGGCGACUAAUGUGCAAUGCAUUUACUUCUUUGGAACUAAUAACUAUGCAUGGAUUGAAGAGAAUAACAUCAAACCAUAUCACGAGUUCAAGGAGCAGCUGAUCAAGUCGUCCAAGACUGUUGCUUUCAAAGACGCCGUUAAUGAGAUCGAGGAGUACAUUGUGAACCCUGAGAAAUUUGGUGACAUUGACGACCACGCUAGAAAUGCUGAGGAAGAAUUUGAUAAGUUAAAAGAUGUGCUUGACGAUGAAAACCAAAAGGAGGAGGCGGAGGAAGAAACUGUCUCUCCUGAUGUUAAAAAGAAAAGCUCCACUCCAAAGAUACGUUUGGGUUCAAAGGUGAAGCCAAUAAAGCGCUCGUCGUCAGCCGGGCUGAAGUCGACGCCGCGGAAGAAGAGUAAGAGCAGUUUCCCAAGGUCGUACACCGACAGCGACAUGGCCAACGAGAAGCCGUCCAUGCUGAACCAUUCGUUCUCCAAGAAGUCUAGUUUGCUGCAUCGCCCGUCUAACAUUCUGAGACCUGAGACACCGCCGUUGGAUUUGGAGAACGUGUCCGAGACUCUGCUGGAGAAGAACAUUAAGGCGAGCCAAAUGAAGUUCGGCUUUCUCGGCCUCGGCAUCAUGGGGAGCGGCAUAGUGAAGAACCUCCUCAACUCUGGACACAAGGUCAUUGUGUGGAACAGAACCGCCGCUAAGUGUAAAGACUUCGAGAAAGUCGGCGCCACCAUCGCCGUUACACCGUGCGAUGUCGUCGAGGAGUCGGACAUCACGUUCUCCUGCGUCGCUGAUCCGCAAGCGGCCAAAGAGAUGGUAUUCGGCAACUGUGGAGUCCUACACUGUCCGUCGUUGGAGUCGAAGGGCUACGUGGAGAUGACGUCCAUAGAUGCGGACACGUCCCACGAUAUUGUCGAAGCCAUCAGUGGAAAGGGCGGCAGAUAUUUGGAAGCGCAGAUCCAAGGCUCAAAGACUCAGGCGGAGGAGGGCACGCUGAUCAUCCUGGCGGCCGGUGACCGCUCGCUGUUCGACGAUUGCCAGUCGUGCUUCAAGGCGAUGAGCAAGAACUCAUUUUACCUUGGUAGCGACAUCGGCAACGCGUCGAAGAUGAACUCUGUGCUGUCGGUGGUGGGCGGCGUGGCGCUGGCGGCGCUGGCGGAGGGGCUGGCGCUGGCGGACCGCGCGGGGCUGAGCCAGGCCGACCUGCUCGACGUGCUCGCGCUCACGCCGCUCGCCUCGCCGCACCUCAUACUCAAGGGCCGCGCGAUGAUAGAGUCGUCAUACUCUACGCACCAGCCGCUGACCCACAUGCAGAAGGAUCUGAAGCUGGCACUCGGGCUGGGCGACGCGCUAGAACAAUCCCUCCCACUCACGGCCACCACCAACGAGAUCUUCAAGCACGCCAAGCGGCUCGGCUACGCGAACCACGACGUGGCCGCCGUGUACAUCCGCGCUCGCUUCUGAUCGCAUCCCACUUAUCACCCAAUAGAAUCUGGACCGUUGUACGUGUUCUUGUAUAGUUACAUUGACAUACGGUGAACAAUUAGACGCUGUCACGCUAGAAGUGUCCGAGCGGUACUGCUCAAGUACAGGCUUAAGAAUAGAGGGUAGAAACAAUAUUCAAUUUCCUUCUAAGAACAAGGAAUUACAUAGAAGGAGUGAUAAAAUUGCAAUUCAUAGCAGCCUAGUGUACAGAAAAUGUUAUACGGCCGUAUAAUACUACCAAAUUCAGAUACAACCUGCUUGCGUACUUUUUACAUAAACUGUGUCGAAUAUAUAAUCUAGUAAUGUAAAAUUUGUCAUUGACAAAUAAUUGACAUAUCAAACAUUUUCUAUACACUAGCCUGCUAUGAAUUGAGAAAAAUAGCAACUGAGGGUGUAUCUUUCGUCCUCUUUUUACUAAUUAUAUUUGCAUAAGAACAAAGGUUAAAACUUUUCUAUGUAAUACCUUGUUUUUAGGUUUCCUUUGUAAAUGCAGCAAUACCGUCAAAAUGUACUCCUUCAGGCAAUGGUUAGGAGGUUUGCAACUUUAUUCGACAAAUAUUUUUAAUUACCUAUCCACAACUCCCACAGACUAGAAUUUGAAAUGCCCUCCUAAAUUAUACCAGAAUGGCGCAGACCGUCCAUAGAUUCAAAACUCAAAACGAUUUUACAAUACAAUUGACACUUGAAUUACUUAUAUGUAUAAUAGUUGCUCUAAGUAUAUAUAUAUUUAUUUAUAUGUGUAUCUAUAUGUAUAUAUGUUAUUUGAAGUAUUAUUUGUGCACCAUAUAUGUUGUGUUUUAUAAUACAAAUCCUAUAAAUACAUUCUCCUUUCGGGUUCUCGAGGUUGACUGGAAGAAAUCCCUUUAAAGGAUAAGUCCGCCGUGUGUACAUUUUGGUAUAACCUAAUAUCUAUAUUAUAGGUGAAUGCACAAAAGCAUAUAAAUAAAUAUAUAUUUUUAUGGUAAGACGCGAUUCACGCGAAAUACGCGCGAGAGUGAGCUAGACGCCAUGUUUUUACUAUGUAUGUAUGUACAUAUAUAUAUAUAUAUAUAUAUAUAUAUAUAUAUAUAUAUAUAUAUAUAUAUAUAUAUAUAUAUAUAUAUAUAUAUAUAUAUAUAUAUAUAUAUAUAUAUAUAUAUAUAUAUAUAUAUAUAUCAUUUUUGUGACUUUUCAUUUACCACUUUUUACUGCAUGAUGCGAAAAAAUUACAAUUAAAAAAAUAUUAUAAUUAACACUUUGUGGUUUGUAUACCAAGAACUGCGGAAACAAAUUUCGGAGAUAUAAAGCAAUGAAUUUAAAAUACCGGUCGCAAAGAUCGGUUCGCGGUUCGUGUGUUAACUGUUAAACAAGGGGGCCAUUAGCGAGUUAAUUAAAUUAUUAUUGAACCCAUGGCAUUUUAUUUGUUCUACCUGAAUAUUUAUUCUUGUUCUUAGUGGGCAGAUUUAUAAUGGUAAACAGGAGUUUUAUGAUAAAAAAAAAAAAAAAAAAAAACACUUGUAUAAGCCUACUUUAAUAAAUUUAAAUAAAUCAAUGUUGACUGGAAAAAAUCCCUUCAAGGGAUAAGUCCGCAUCUUAGAUUAUAUAGAUAAAGUAUCUCAAAAGCUUCGAGAACAGUGGGGUAAAUUUUUCAUACAAUUUUGCGUGAUAAAUAAUUAUGAGUGAUUUCUUUUUAACUUCUAAUUUAUUUUGUCUUAUAAUGUUCGCAUCUUUAAUGCGUAAAAACUGAUUUUAUUUAUUAUAUAAUUAAAUAUAGAUACGUCAAGAUACAUUGUGUGCGUAAGUAUAUAGAACACUGAUAAAAAAACGAGUCAGCUAAUUUGACAAUGCUUACUUUUUUUUUUAAUUUUACGACUAAUUAAUAGACAAAACAUAGUCCAAUGUGUGGAUGCUGAAUUAACGGACUAUGUAUGUAUGUAGGAAAAUAACAUACCACUGCUCGGACACUUCGCGCACGUUUUCCAUAGUGGUUGUAUAUCUAGUUUAUACUACAUCAAUGGGUAUUUUAUAGCGAAUUUGUGUAAUAUCCAUCGCUUAUACGAGGGGGAUUCUAGGGGGCAUCAGUGUCUAGAGUAAUGCUCACAUUCAGAGUUUGUAUUUCUGUAUAAUGUUUCUUGAUUUAUAUAAAUUUAUAUAGAUUUAUUUCCAUUGUAAACUGUCUAAAUACUGUAUUGUAAAUGGUUAUCAUGUCUGUUAUUUCACGAUUAAUUUGAUAUUUUUUAUAAUAAAUUGAAGUUACAAUAAAAUAAAUUGACCAUUAACCCUUUGAGUGCCGACGUGCGCCAUCGCAUUCGUGCGCAUUGCAACUAAAAGUGCCACGAGCGUCAUAGCGCUCGUGAAAUCAGUCGCUAUUUAGCCUGCUGUAAAAAAAAAUAUUAAAGUUUGAUAAUUUUUGGUGGAGAUACAGUUUUUUUAGAGACAAGGGUAAAUGACAUCAACACGACAAAGAUUUCUUUGGCAUUUUUAAGUAGAUAUGAGUAAAAAUUAAUGGCACUAAAUGGGUUAAUAAAUUGAUAUGAUUAUAUAAUAAAUUCACCAUUAUACAGCAAAAAAUGUACAAGGUUAUCUAUCUAUUUUUACAGAAUUAAAAACUUACCGUCUGCAGUCCAAAAUAAGUGGAAACUUUAGAGAGUGAAUACUGGAUUUGAACAAUUUUAGUAUCUACCAAUAACCUAAAUAAAGGAAAUAACCUUAUUUCCCUUUGUAUUGCUAAGUUUAAUGUAUUACUACUGUAAAUGUUGAAAAAAGUAAAUUUCUUUUUUUUUAUAUAUAUAUAUAUAUAUAAUAUUAUAGUUGAUUGCAUUUAUGAAGAUAGUUUCAUUUUGUCAAAUUAGUAUAUUAGAAAUUGGUGUCAGAUUCAAUAUAUUCUUGACUUGUCUGAUAAUAAACUUUAUGUAUAAACAACAUAUUACAAAUAUAUAUGUAUAAAUGUCCAAAAGAUGUAGUAAUGGUAAGUAAUUUAAUUUUAUAUUAAUAUGUAUUUUGUAUUGUGGCUUUUUAUUACUAAACAUCACUGUAUGUCAAAAAAAAAAGGGUAAAGUAAUAGAAAAUAUAAGAAAUAAGUGUACCAAUAUCAACAUUCGUGACAAAGGAGUCACAAGUGUUUUAUUUUUGUAUUAUUUAUAGAAUAUCGUACAAUUUCAUGAUGUCUAUACGUUUAUUUUAAAGUUACUGUUUCUCUGAAGAAUUAAAAUUUUUGGUCGAACACGACUACAGCAUUUGGUUUUUCUAAAAUAGUGAUAGAGGAUUCUUCAGGGUCGGCAAAGCGCAUUGUAAUACCUCUGUUAUUGCAGGCGUUGAUAGGCUACGGUAACCGCUUACUAUCAGGUGGGCCGUAUACUUGUUUGCCACCUCACUGGUAUAAAAAAAAAUAUGAAUUAAAUGAUUUUGUUUUAUAUAGAACAGGUGUUGUUUUGAAAUCAAGGGAUUGCUAUUGGGAUGUGCUUGUAUUGUAUUCUAGCUUAGUUCAAACAACAAAUAGUAUUGAUUGCCUCCUAUGAAAAGUCGAUUCGAUUACUAAGAAUUCUCCACAAAAAUCGUUGGUAUAUAUUUUUUUAGUAAAUGCUUAAAUCAGAUAUCAGAUAAGAUCAUAUGUAUAAAUGGAAAAUUUUAUAAUAAAAUUCAAUGACAUGUUUUAUUCCAUAGUGUAAUUUUGGUAGACUAUUGAAGAAACUGAUUUACAUACGGCGUGUAACACUUUAGUUUCCUUUGACCUAUAACUGAAGACUCGACUAAUUAUAAGUCACAACAAAAAAUAACUUAAUUACGUAUUAUAACAUAUGUUUGAAACCUGAAUAAAACUAUGUUUUAGACUUUUCUAUAGAUAUCAUUAUUUAGUUUUAAGUAAAAAAAAAAAAAAAAAAAAAGAAAAAAAUAAAGAUCUAGAUAAUUACGAAUAAAUAUUUGAAAAAACCACUUGAUUCUUAUUUAUUGACGAUCAUGUUAUAUCAUUAUUGAAUUUAUGUUUUAAAUUUAAAAUGAUCUAGCGUUUAAAUUGAUGUAUCGGUUUAUAAUUAGGGUACAUUUUCCAAAUUUUGUUAAUCCACUUAUGUGACAUAUUUUUAUCUAAUUGCUUGUAAAUUACUAUUUUAUCCAUGUGAAAUAUAUUAACCCUUCUUUGUAUAAUGGUGGAAAUUUCCAUCGUAACAUUGAAUGCCCUUAAAUUAUACAUAUAAAAGAACAAGUUCACUUAAAGUUGAUCGUGUCUGGUUAACUUUUUAAUGUGCAUUGCAGAAAUAAAAACAUAGCUCUCAAAUUUAUUUUUUUAACCAUUUUUCCUUUAAAUUUUGAAAAUGAAUUAUAUCACCUUGAUUUAUUUCACCAAUACAAAAAUCAUGCAGCGAAGGGUCAAGGUCGUCACUCCAUCCAGUUUGGGGGGUCCUCCUACACUGCGUUUCUCUGAUUAUUUCAGCAUAACACAAUAAGUAAUUAAAGCAUUAAUAAGUGACGUAUUAAUUAUAAAAAACUGUCAUUCUGAAAGUAUACAGAUGUGAAGGGACUGGUUUUUUAUGUCCAGUCUAUUUGUUCCCAAUAGUGUUUUAUUUCAUGUUUUGUUAAUAACUACACAGCAAGCAUGCACGAUAUAUUAGUUAACCGGAGUUCGGUGCCUCAUCCGUACCAUUAAAACCUCUUUAUAAUUUAUUUCUUGUAAUUUUUGUUUUCACUAAGUUUUUAUUCUACUGUGAUUUUUUGGUGAAUGUGAUUUUUUUUUUUUUAUAUUAUAACCAACUAACCAUGAUUUCAAUGACGUGACAUAGGUGGAUAAAAGUGUAACAUUACAUAUUUGUAAUAAAACUGCUGUUAAUUGUGUAACAACGUGCAGACUAAUGUAACUGGAAAAUUAAUUUGUUAAGUAAGUAAAUAUUUCAGUAUGUAAUUUAUUAUACUCUAACUAGCACAUUUUUGUCCUAAGCUCAGUUUACAUUAGGAAUUGUAACACUCGCAUCGAUCUCUUACAUCAACUACAUAAUAUUCUUGAUGAACAACACUUUUUUUUACAAUACAGGGGGCAAACGAGCAUGCGGCUCACCUGAUGGUAAAUGACUACCGCUGCCCAUGAUCACUCACAACACUAAAGUGUGCUGCCGGUCUUUUAAAAAGGAAUAUGCUUAUUUCUUGAAGGUUAUGAUGUCGUAUUGGUAAAAUUGUACUUCUCCAUUUUUUUUUUUUUAUAUAAUUAACAUCGUUAGAUAAAAUUUCGGAGAAAUAAAAUAGUCGUUAAAGCCAUCAUCUGACUAUACUAUUGAAAAAACUGAAACAAUUUCGAUAUAACUUACGUUUUAAUUUCAAAUGAUGGAACGCAAUAUUGUCAAAUAAAGCAAUUGACAAUACGAAGUUAUAUUUGCCGUUCUGUUUUUGACAUUUAGUAAAAUUGAUUGCAGAAUAGUGUCGUAAUGGAAUCGUGUAAACGGUAGCUGUCGAGUGAUUAGUUCACAUUCAAGUGUUACUAAAGCAUUUCAAGUGCGCAUUCUAGUUAUCUGGGUCUGCACGAACACUUCCUUUUAAUUCGUUCGAGAAGUAGUAAAAUUUUUAGUAUGUAUUGUUGCAUUUAUAAACUGUUCUGUACUAAAUCUUUGAAUUAAAUAUUGAUCUUAGAAUUACUACCAUAUUCUUAAUUUGUAUUAAUUUUAAUUUAUGAAUUCUUUGAGAAAUACAUAAAAUGGUAUAAUAAAUGAUUUAGUAGUAAAACAAUUUGUUUAAAUUAGCUCUCAAAGAAUAAAUAAUAAUUAUAAAAAUGUAAUUUUUAUACACUAACGUAAUGUAAUGUAAUUUUAAUUUGUACACGCAAAGGUGUACGGGCUAGCGUAGUGGGUGGUAUUUUGUUGCGGGCACGCAACCAAUCAUUUCAUUUUUCAUUUUGUAAAUGACUGACAUGAUCAGAUACAAAUAAAUUACAUAAUAAUUUAUUA